CCUGACUCGUUUGCUGUACUUUAUUGCGAGAGUCUCUUCUCGACGGUUCUCGCUGAAGCUGGGGAAAGUGUCGCGAGAGCUGGUUGCCUUGGCUCCCUGUAGCUAUAGCAGCCGCGGCGGUUAAGGAUGCGGCGGCGGGAGCUGUGAGUGCGACACUCUCAGGGGGGCGGGGCCGGAGAGAUUGAACUCAGAACCUUGAGCUUGUGAGCUCUCCGGCACAGCUGGCUAUUCUAGUUCCAGAAGAAAGAGAAGAGACUUUCUGAAAGUCUGGCUGGGACAAAAGAAGAAUUUGGGGGCAUAAAGGUAGAAAAGAGCAUCAACAGCAGCAGUGGCGGCAACCACUACCACCACCACCACCCUGGAUAAUCCAAGCAAGCUUCUUGGCUUUGUGGGAUCUUUGUUAGCUAUUCAACACUUGAAUUUUUGCUACAGAGGAUGAUGGGACAAGGUAAUAGAGGGCAAGGAGGUUUGUGCUGUAUCCUUGCUUAUCUGUGUACCUCUCCUUCCAGUUAGAAAAAUCUUCAGUCCAUAGGAAGCAUUAUAAACAAGACAGAAGAACAUGUCUUGCCUUGAUUCUGCAAGCUGUUGGAAUUGAAGAUUGCAUCUGUUCCAUCAGGACUUUUUGGAGGCAUUUUUCUCAAAAAACAGAAAAAAGUAAUAUUUGAGCACUUCUCUAUGCUUGUAUUAUGCCAUGUUAUAUUUUGAACAGUGGAGCAAGUAAAGGACAGUGCUGGAUCUAAGAGGGUGUCUGAAUUCCUUGUGCUGAUUAUAUGAUGUUUGGAAGGUUGUAAACUCAAAAGUCUUUCAACAUAAACUCACUAAAUUCUGGAUUUUCUUUCUUUUGAGGACUUCAGCAGAUGGAUGGAUAUUCCCUGCCAAAAAGAUACAAAGCCUUCUCUGUGUUUUCAGGCUAAAUGUGAACAAUAAUGUCUUGGAAAAGAAAUUAUUUUUCAGGGGGCCGUGGUAGUGUUCAAGGAAUGUUUGCUCCUCGAAGCUCAACCUCCAUAGCCCCAAGCAAAGGCCUCAGUAAUGAGCCAGGGCAAAACAGCUGCUUCCUCAACAGUGCACUACAGGUUUUGUGGCACUUGGACAUCUUCCGACGUAGCUUUAGGCAGCUCACAACUCACAAAUGCAUGGGAGAUUCCUGCAUCUUUUGUGCACUCAAGGGAAUCUUUAACCAGUUUCAGUGCAGUAGUGCAAAAGUCCUUCCAUCUGACACUCUCCGCAGUGCUCUGGCAAAGACUUUUCAGGAUGAACAACGUUUCCAGCUGGGAAUUAUGGAUGAUGCUGCAGAGUGCUUUGAAAAUCUCCUCAUGAGAAUUCACUUCCACAUUGCUGAUGAAACCAAAGAAGAUAUAUGUACUGCCCAGCACUGUGUUUCCCACCAGAAAUUUGCAAUGACGUUGUUUGAGCAGUGUGUGUGUACUAGCUGUGGCGCUACUUCUGAUCCACUGCCUUUCAUCCAGAUGGUACAUUAUAUCUCUACCACUUCCCUUUGCAAUCAGGCUAUUUGUAUGCUGGAAAGGCGAGAAAAACCUUCACCAAGCAUGUUUGGUGAGCUGCUGCAGAAUGCCAGCACCAUGGGGGAUCUGCGAAACUGUCCUAGCAACUGUGGAGAGAGGAUCCGGAUUCGCCGUGUGCUGAUGAAUGCUCCACAGAUUAUCACAAUUGGCCUAGUAUGGGACUCUGACCAUUCAGACUUGGCAGAAGAUGUCAUCCACAGCCUUGGUACCUGCCUUAAGCUGGGUGAUCUGUUUUUCAGAGUGACAGAUGACCGGGCCAAACAGUCUGAACUGUAUCUAGUAGGAAUGAUCUGUUACUAUGGCAAACAUUAUUCUACAUUCUUUUUUCAAACAAAGAUCCGCAAAUGGAUGUAUUUUGAUGAUGCUCAUGUUAAGGAGAUUGGUCCCAAAUGGAAGGAUGUGGUGACCAAAUGCAUCAAGGGACAUUACCAGCCCUUGCUGCUGCUUUAUGCAGAUCCCCAAGGUACCCCAGUGUCUACCCAGGACCUGCCUUCCCAAGCUCAGUUCCAGCCAUACAGCAGGACAUGCUAUGAUAGUGAAGAUUCAGGGAGGGAGCCCUCAAUUUCAAGUGACACUCGAACAGAUUCCUCAACGGAGAGCUAUCCUUACAAACAUUCCCAUCAUGAGUCUGUGGUCAGUCACUUCUCUUCUGAUUCUCAGGGAACAGUCAUCUAUAAUAUGGAGAAUGAUUCCAUGUCCCAGAGCAGUCGGGACACAGGACACCUGACUGAUAGUGAAUGUAAUCAGAAACACACAUCCAAGAAAGGGUCCCUGAUAGAGCGCAAGAGGAGUUCUGGCCGUGUUAAGAGGAAAGGCGAUGAGCCACAGGCCUCCGGGUACCACAGUGAAGGAGAAACACUGAAAGAGAAGCAGGCUCCUAGGAAUGCAUCCAAACCAUCCAGCAGCACCAACAGGCUAAAGGAUUUUAAAGAGACAGUCAGCAAUAUGAUCCAUAACAGACCUUCUCUAGCUUUGCAGACCAAUGUCGGAUCUCCCCGUGGUGGGAAGGGAGGAGACCAGCCUGACAAAAAACCUCCUAAGAGCCUGCCUUUAAACUCUCAUGACUGGGAGAUAGAGAGUACCAGCAGUGAGUCAAAAUCUAGUUCUUCCAGCAAGUAUCGUCCAACAUGGAGACCAAAACGAGAAUCUCUGAAUAUUGACAGUAUUUUCUGUAAGGACAAAAGGAAACAUUGUGGCUAUACCCAGCUUAGCCCCUUUUCUGAGGAUUCAGCUAAAGAAUUUACAUCAGAUGAACUAAGCAAGCCACCUACCUAUGAUAUUAAAGCUGGUGGGUCAAACCCCCAGUACAAGCCCUGGGGGCCAGCACGGCCAGGCUCUCAACUUGUAUUAGAGCAGCACCCUCGACUAAUCCAGCGAAUGGAAUCUGGCUAUGAGAGCAGUGAGAGGAACAGCAGCAGUCCCGUCAGCCUGGAUGUCACCCUCUCUGAGAGCUCAAAUACCUGCAGGGAUCCAAGUGCUAAGAGAUCAGCAGGAUUCGUCCCUUCUUGGCGUCAUAUCCCAAAGUCUCACAGCAGUAGCAUCCUUGAAGUGGACUCCACAGCAUCCACGAGUAGUUGGACAAGGACUCAACCCCUCUUGGGUGGGGAGAUAGCUUCUAAAAGUGAACUGGAUGAAUUGCAGGAAGAGGUGGCCAGGAGAGCCCAGGAACAGGAACUUAGAAGAAAACGAGAGAAAGAAUUAGAAGCUGCUAAAGGGUUUAACCCUCAUCCUAGCCGCUUCAUGGACUUGGAUGAACUGCAGAAUCAGGGGAGGAGUGACGGCUUUGAGAGGUCCCUGCAAGAGGCAAAUUCAGUGUUUGAAGAGUCGCUGCAUCUGGAACAAAAGGGAGACUGUGCUGCAGCUUUGGCUCUUUGUAACGAAGCUAUCUCUAAACUAAGACUUGCCCUGCAUGGUGCCAGCUCUAGCACGCACAGCAGAGCCCUAGUCGAUAAGAAGUUGCAAAUCAGUAUUCGAAAAGCACGGAGCCUGCAGGAUCGCAUGCAGCAGCAGCAAUCAUCCCAGCAGCCGUCGCAGCCCUCAGCCUGCCUCCCAUCUCAAGGGGGGGCCCUCCCUCAGCCAACAAGUGAACAGCCUAUCCCGCUCCAAGUACUGUUAAGUCAGGACACCCACCUGGAAUCCUGCAUGGAUACAGAGUUUGGGGCCAGUUCUUCUUACUUCCACUCACCUGCUUCCUGCCAUGAGUCACACUCAUCACUGUUCCCAGAGUCACUUGCCCCAUCUGUCCCACAGCAGAAUUCCCCCAGUAGAUCUGCCUUGAAGCUUCUGACUUCAGUUGAAGUGGACAGCAUUGAUUCCUCUGAAUUCCACAGGCAGGGUUUACCUAAAAUACCAGGGAAGACUGAGAAUUCUCAGUAUGAUUGUUUGCCAUUGGAUGCCCUAGAGGGUAAACUGCAAGGCCACAAGGAUGACAACAGCUACAGCAGGUUCUCUCCACAAGAAGGGAAGGGCAUUCCUCAAGAACAAUUCCAAGAAAAAAGGAAUCCUGCUGACCCAUUCCUUAUGAUGCCUUGGUCACUUCCAACAGGAAGAGCUAUCUCUGAGAGAGGAGAUCCACAGAGUCUUGGCUCUAGUCUUUCAAGUUUAUCAACUCAGCCCAGCUUUCCCCUGUAUAGGGCUUGCCACCCCAUAAUGCCUGCUGCUUUAUCUGUGCUUCAUUCUCCUGAUCCUGUGGAGAAAACUAACCAAUGCCUCCAAGCCCAAAGCCUUCAAAAUUCAUUGACUUCAAAAGUGGACAGAGGCAAUGAGGAAUUCUACAGGCCAGAGUUUCCCAGCACAAAGGGACUUGUCCGCUCUCUGGCAGAACAAUUCCAGAGAAUGCAGGUUAUCUCCAUGAGGGACGCCACAGGUUCCCAGGACAGAAAUUUGCCAAAUAAUCUAAGGAAGAACUGUUCCUUUUCUGACUCUCAGCCUCCUUUCCCACAAGGUCAAGGAAAAGGCCACUGUCCUUGGACAAAACAGCAACCAUGCCUAGAUGGUAGAGACAGACUGCAUUCCUGGGAAGAUCCUGCUGACCAUGCUUCUCUCGCCGUGGAUUCUGGGCUGUCUAGUAGUGUAACUUCUAGGGGAGGACAGCCUAGGUUGGCAGAGCCAGGUGUAUACCAAGGAAAGCUGUCUCAAGUAAGAGAUACUGGGCCUAAGGAGCUAGGUAGCAGUAUCAACUUGGGGACUUCCUUGCCUUUGGAUUCCUGGGUGAAUGUCACAAGGCUCUGUGAUUCUCAGCUUAAACAUGGGGUACCUGGGUCAGGAGUAAAGUCUUCUCCCCAUGAUUCCCAUACCUGUGUAAUCUAUCCAGAGAGAAAUCAUAUCCUUUUGCAUCCACAUUGGAACCAAGAUACAGAGCAGGAGACCUCCGAAUUAGAGUCUCUCUACCAGGCCAGUUUUCAAGCUUCUCAAACUGGCUGUCCUGGAUGGGGGCAGCGAGAUGUGGCUUGGCAUCCACUUAGCCAAACAGGCUUGGCAGAUGGCACAGUGAGGAGAUUGCACUCAGCCCCUAGUCUUGAUCUCUCAAAGACCCCAACAAGAGAAUUGGAGCACAUUUUCUGUGAAGUCAGCACAGUGCCUGUGUCACAGGUAGCAGCCUCAAGUGCAAAGGAUUCAUCAAACAUGAGGAAAAAGCCUUUGGAAACCGGGAACCGUUGUUCCAGCUCCUCUUCCCUCCCUGUCAUCCAUGAUCCUCCUGUGUUUCUCCUUGAUUCCCAACUCUACCUUCCCCAACCACAGUUCCUGUCCCCAGAUGUCCUGAUGCCCAUCAUGGCAGGGGAACCUUAUAGACCCGAAGGAACUCCAAGGAAUGUCCAGCAGUUUCUGGCUAUGUGUGACAGGAGUGAAACUUCCCAAGGGGUCAAGUACACAGGAAGGACUUUGACCUAUCGGAGUCUCCCCCAUCGUUCCAGAACUGAUGCUACCAUGGGACCUUGGUCAGAGACCAACCAGCACAUUAGGGCCAGACUCCUAAGUACCCCAGAGUACAAGCCUCAGCUAACCCACACUGCCAUACUACCAGAGAGCAGCCAGGGAUUUCAGGUCCCUCAUGCUCAGUCCUGGGGAGAUCUUUCCCAUCCAUCCUGCUACCUUUCCAAUGUUCACCCCGUGUCCCCACCAUCCAGCAGUCUUCAUUUAUCCUCGAGGUCAGCUUGGAAUUCAGCUCCUGUUCCAGCGUCACGAACACUUGGUCCUCGAAGAGUAGACAUUCCCCCAGAUGAUGAUUGGAGGCAAAGCAGUUAUGCCUCCCAAUCUGGACUCAGGAGGACAGGAGGGAGGGGUUUCUGUCUCUUCUAGCAGAUGCCCAUGGAACAGAGCAGAACAAGGCUAGAGUUCUGUAGCACAGCAGCUGAGUCCUGUUCACCCCUUUACUGUGCUAUUUUUUUUCCUAGAAAACUACUGUGGCAAAGUUGGUACCUGGCAUCCCUAUCAUGGUUAUGAGAAUUGGCAAUUUCUCCUAGCAGUACCAGGAAUGUCAAAAGAGACCUGACUCUUUUUUCCUCUUUGGGAGGAAAUACUUUAAAUGCCAACUUAGAUUCUUCUAGCAAAAGGAAGCAACUACUAUUUAGGGCUCUAUUUAAGCCACUUUAAAGUUGAAUCCAUCACAUUACUCUGAAAACUUAGCCAUUCCUUAGUGUCAUAAUGUCAUCAUUUUAUUUUCAGAUACUGUUCUGUCCCCACCUCCACCGGAACCCUCAUCCUCUGGUUCCUACUACAUUCCCAACUUUUUCUCUUUGUUUUAUCCUAUUCCUAUUACUUGACUAUCUUCCCCACCUCCCAUCCUUGGAGGGUCCUGACCACAUUAUUUAGGGAAGCCCACCUGCUGAGGAACUAUGUAUGGCCUGUCAAUCUUCCCCAUGCCCCAAACCUGGUGUGUGGACCUGCCAUCAUAACAUUCACUGUUCUGAAGAGAUGGAGUCAGGAACAAUAACAAACCCUUUUUCCUCAGCAGCAGAGCCAUUACUGCCACUUGCUCAGUCGCCACUGUAUACCCUUAGUCAGCUGAUCUAUUUUAGGGCCAAACAUAUUGUUUUUGUAAAGUAUUUUUCAUUAAUAAAUCUAUAAGAUAGUUCUAUUUAAUGAAAUUUGUUGUCAUUUUUCCCUUCUGUACACUCUUAUGUAUUGGGAGGCCUAAAGAUAGGAAGAUAGAUUAUCUGAUUGAUGAUCUUUUGACAGUGAAGUGAGGAGCAAAAGCAGAGCUGAAGGAUAUACACUUAAGGUGGAAGUGGCUUUCUUUGUUAUUACUGUUGCUAGCAUGUUUCUUAUCCUUUUCCUGCCAGAGUAACCCAAUACAUUACAUACCUACUCCCUCCAUUCCUGAGGGAGAUUCUGUGGGCAUUCAGCCCUAUUACAAAUACACUGCUGGUUCAGGUACUCCCUAGUACUUUCUUCUACCUUACAUGUUUGUGAUGUGCCUGCUCUUCCUUCCUCUUUCCCUGGGGAGUUACAGCACUUCCAUACCAGAAAGAUCCAUCUUCUCCCGACUUCACUCUUAAAAGUCACUUCUUUUUUUUUUUUUGUACCGGGG